CAAAAAAAAACCAAACCAAACACCUCCUUUUUUCACACCUCUUUUAUACGCUCAGAGACGUUCGUCAUGAAAACUCACUGCGGUGUUUGUGUGCACAUCCUCCUCUUGUCGCUGCUCCAGCUCUUGCAAGGAAAUGAUUCGGAGCACAACUCGAGAGCGAAGCAGAGCAAAGCGAGUUUAGAGCAGCAAAUCAGAUCUGCCUCCAACGUAAGGGAGCUACUGUCAAUCUUUAACUCACUAGAUUGCAAACUGUGGAAGUGCCGUCAGAAACUAAGAUAUCUGGCUGGCUUUGACACGCGAUCACGAUCCACCCGGUUUGCUUCUCCUUAUUACGAUACAGAAAUUCUCAAAUCCAUUGAUGAUGAAUGGCAGAAGACUCAGUGUGUCCCCAGGGAAUCGUGUGUUGAUGUUGCUAAAGAACUUGGAAGAAGCACAAACACAUUCUUCAAACCUCCCUGUGUGUCUGUGUACAGAUGUGGCGGAUGCUGCAAUGAAGAGGGUCUGGUCUGCAAGAAUAUCAGCACAUCCUACAUCAGCAAAGCGCUGUUUGAAAUAGCUAUCCCCCUGACCAAUGUACCAGAGCCAGUGACAAUCAGAGUUGCUAACCACACGGCUUGUAGAUGUAUCUCCAGCCGACAUACGUACUCUAUCAUCAGAAGAUCAAUUCUUACACAUUAUGAAGACAGCUGUUCACACUCUGAUAGUAAAUGCUCCACAAGACAAGUGUGGGAUAAGCAAAAAUGCCACUGUGUGACUUCCUUGGACCGAAGGCAAGGUGAACUUUCUCCGAUUGCGGAACUGGCUCUCUGCGGACCCUAUAGGCAGUUUGAUGAGGAUAUGUGUGAUUGUGUUUGCAGAGACAUAGAAAAUCAUGAAACGUGUUUCCGGAAACAGAAAAUAUUUGACCCAGAUUCCUGCAGCUGUGUGGACAGACAUGCCUGUUUAUCCCACUCCAGAUCCUGCGCUUUGGGAAUGGUUUUCAAUUACGAGUACUGCCGGUGUGAGUGGAAGCGAACACUAACAUAACCCACAAAGUAAGAGUCCACCCACAAUGAUGUAUGGAUGCCUUUUUUUUAAAUAAAAGGAGCUAGUACAACACUCCUAGCCUUGCUUUAAAUUAUUGAUACUGAAGAAUUAUGUAAAAUAUUAAAUGUAGCAGCAAUUUAAAUGUGUCUAUGUCUUUCAUUUCUAGAACAUAAAAAUAUUUUCUGUAUGUUAUUUACAUAAUAAAAGUCUAUAUGACAUCUCUGUUGAAUU